AGCAUUGUUAUUUGAAGACAAAGGAUUAAAAAGGAGCAUUAGGUUCUCCUUCUCCCGGUCUACCAGUCUUCAACAUGGCAUUGUCAAGGUUUGCACGGAGCAAUUUGAAGCAGUCAGGAAGAGCCAUUAGCAACUACAUGACUGAGACGGGUAUUCUCAGUGAGGGAGUAUCCACAAGCAGGCGUUACUUUUCAUCAGUUAGCAACAUUACAGGCAGUAGCAAUCUCAAGUACCUUUCUGGGAUUGGAAAUAUAUAUAUUUUAGUCUUUGGAAGCAGAGGAAUAAGGAUUACUCCAAAAUACCAAUUUCCUUCACCUGAGAAUAUUUUAGAAGAUUUAGAUUCAGAGGAUUAUUAUGAAAAGUUACCGGGACUUGAAGCUACUAAUCCCGGUGAAAAGCCAAGAGUCGUUGUUUUGGGUACGGGGUGGGCUGCUUGUCGCUUUCUCAAGGGACUUGACACCAAGAUAUAUGAUGCUGUUUGCAUAUCGCCAAGGAAUCAUAUGGUGUUUACUCCUCUGCUUGCUUCUACUUGUGUCGGAACCCUGGAAUUCCGUUCGGUUUCUGAGCCUGUCAGUCGAAUUCAAUCUGCUUUAGCAACAUGUCCUAAUUCAUAUUUCUACUUGGCUUCUUGCAUAGGAAUCAAUACUGAUAAACAUGAAGUACACUGUGAAACAGCUGGAAGUGUUGGACUACCUCAUGAGCCUUACAGAUUUAAAGUUGCAUAUGACAAGCUAGUCAUUGCUACUGGUGCUGACCCGCUGACUUUCAAUAUUAAGGGAGUGAAGGAACAUGCAUUUUUCCUUCGGGAAGUAAAUCAUGCACAAGAAAUACGAAGGAAGCUUCUUUUGAAUCUGAUGCUCUCUGAAAAUCCAGGCAUAUCAGAGGAAGAAAAGAAGCGCCUAUUACACUGUGUUAUUAUUGGAGGUGGCCCUACUGGGGUGGAGUUCAGUGGAGAAUUGAGUGAUUUUAUUAUAAAAGAUGUUUGUGAGCGGUAUUCUCAUGUUAAGGAUGAUAUCAAGGUUACCCUAAUAGAGGCAAAUGAAAUCUUGUCGUCAUUUGAUAUAGGAUUACGACAAUAUGCAAUAAAGCACUUGACGAAGUCUGGGGUUCGGCUUACGCGGGGUGUUGUGAAAGAAGUUCAAGACAAGAAGAUAGUUCUCAGUGAUGGAACUGAUGUCCCAUAUGGCCUACUUGUCUGGUCUACAGGUGUUGGCCCAUCAGGAUUUGUAAAAUCACUUGAUCUUCCCAAGUCGCCUGGUGGAAGGAUAGGUGUUGAUGAAUGGUUUCGUGUUCCUUCGGUGCAAGAUGUAUAUGCUUUAGGGGAUUGUGCUGGUUUCUUGGAACAGACAGGGAAGCAAGUACUUCCAGCUUUAGCUCAGGUUGCAGAAAGAGAAGGCAAAUUUUUGGUAGAGUUGAUUAACAGGAUUGGGCAACAGAAUGGAGGCAAGGCUUUCUGUUCAAAAGACAUUCCCCUUGGUGAGCCUUUUGUUUACAAGCACCUUGGGAGUAUGGCAUCUGUUGGACGGUACAAAGCAUUAGUUGAUUUGCGCCAAUCCAAGGAUGCAAACGGAAUUUCCCUUGCAGGUUUUCUAAGCUGGAUGAUGUGGCGUUCUGCUUAUCUAACACGUGUUGUUAGCUGGAGGAACAGGUUUUAUGUUGCUGUGAAUUGGGCGACCACUUUAGUUUUUGGCAGGGAUAACUCACGCAUAGGGCCAUAGGCUGAUGUUACAUCAGUGAAUUGGGUUCCACAUGGCAUCUAGUAAUGCAAUUGGAGGCCCUACUAUCUCUAUUUGAGCCAAUUACUGAUCUUGAGGUCCUCAUUCAUGGA